AAAAAGAAACAACCCGAGUCUCCUUCUGUCCUAGCGUCGCAAGCAAGCCGAUUUCCUGUGGAAUCACUCCCGUCUCUCACUCUCUCCCACGCGGAGCAAUGGCGGAACCCAAGGUUAAAUACGAUCGCCAACUCAGGAUAUGGGGUGAACAGGGACAGGCUGCUCUGGAGAAAGCCAGUGUUUGCUUACUUAAUUGUGGGCCUACUGGCUCUGAAACUUUAAAGAAUCUAGUCCUUGGUGGGGUUGGAAGUAUCACAGUUGUUGAUGGAUCCAAAGUGGAAGUUGGUGACCUUGGAAAUAACUUUAUGGUGGAUGAAUCAAAUGUUGGACAAUCAAAGGCUAGAUGUGUAUGUUCAUUUCUGCAAGAGCUAAAUGAUGCUGUCAAAGCUAAAUUCAUAGAGGAGUAUCCGAAGGAGCUAAUUGAGACGAACCCUUCUUUUUUUACGCAAUUCACCUUGGUUGUUGCUACACAGUUGACUGAAGAUUCGAUGAUGAAAUUGGACUCUAUCUGUCGGGAGGCAAAUGUCAUUUUGGUUUUUGCACGGUCCUAUGGACUUACGGGCCUUGUGAGGAUCAGUGUGAAGGAACACACUGUGAUUGAAUCAAAGCCUGAUAAUUUUAUGGACAACCUUCGACUCAAUAAUCCAUGGCCAGAAUUGCAAAGAUUUGCCGAAUCAAUCGAUCUGGGUACAACCGACCCUGUACUUCAUAAACACACUCCCUAUGUUAUCAUUCUUGUAAAGUUGGCCGAGGAGUUGGCGAAUACUCGUGCUGGAAAAGUUGCAUCAACCUGGGAAGAAAAACGUGCAUUCAAGGAUUUAAUUAGAUCCCGGAUGAUUUCAGCGGAUGAAGACAACUAUAAAGAAGCAAUGGCAGCUUCAUAUAAAGUAUUUACUCCUCGUGGAAUUAGUUCAAGUGUUAAUCAAAUAAUUAAUGACAACUUUGCUGAAGUAAAUUCUAAAUCAUCAGAGUUUUGGAUAAUGGUAGCAGCUUUAAAGGAGUUUAUAGCUAAUGAAGGUAAUGGAGAGGCACCUCUAGAGGGAUCAAUACCUGAUAUGACCUCUUCCACUGAGCUAUAUGUCAACCUGCAAAAAAUAUACCAUGCCAAAGCUGAGGCUGAUUUUCUUGCUGUGGAGCAACGCGAGAGGGAUAUACUCCAGAGAAUUGGUAGAGAUCCAAGUAGCAUAUCAAAGGCAACCAUAAAGAGCUUUUGUAAAAAUGCAAGAAAGCUUGAAGUUUGCAGAUAUCGCUCCCUUGAGGAGGAGUUCAGCUCUCCAGCGCAACCAGAGUUACAAAAGUAUCUUACAGAUGAAGAGUAUAGUGUUGCUGUGAGUUUCUAUAUUUUGCUUCGAGCAGCUGACCGCUUUUAUGCAAAUUAUAACAAAUUCCCCGGGCAACUAGAUGGAGAGAUGGAUGAGGAUAUAUCUCGGUUGAAAACAACGGCUAUCAGCCUGCUGAAUGACUUGGGUUGCAACGGAUCCACCUUGGCUGAGGACCUUAUUAAUGAGAUGUGCAGGUAUGGUGCCGCCGAGCUCCAUGCUGUAGCUGCCUUCAUUGGAGGAGUUGCAUCGCAGGAAGUGAUCAAGCUAAUCACAAGACAAUUUGUUCCAAUGCGCGGGACAUUCAUCUUCAACGGCAUCGACCACAAGUCCCAGAUUUUGUUGCUCUAGUGUUUUAUUCCAACACCCGUUCCAAAAGUGCAUGUACCUUUUUUUUUUAGCGCGCACAAACUAUUACACUUUGAGGCGGGGCUUUAUACAUAAUCUUUUGUAGAGAAUGCAUUAAAAACUGACAGUGAAAGCUUGUUUACUACUCCGUAGAGAACACAAACCCAGGUUAUAUUCACCAGAAUUUCCUUGACGAAAAUUCGAGUUCACUUUUGAACCUGCAUCUAAAGACAUUAUUCAAUGUUACUUGAUCCUAAUGUUCCUGGAAUUUCCUGUCCUU